CUUAAGGAGAAAAUCCUGACCAAUGAACGUCAUCAACAGGAGAAGUGUGCCCUUGAGAAGACAUUGUCUGAUGAAGUUUUCAGGGUCACCCAGCAGUUGGAGUUUGCCAAGCGAGAUCUGUGCCAGCACAAGGAGGAACAGUCACGCCAGGACAAUCGGUUUGAAAGCCUGCAGAAAGAUUUUGACAAUGCUCUGUUAACCGUAUGCCAAUCGGAAACUGCUCAUGCGGCAGAAAUGCAGGCCAAAGACGAGCAGCUGAGGGACACCACAACGAAGUUGAACUCUGCUCUUGAAAAAAUCAUCCUCUUAGAAGCAAAUAUCUCUGCUCUAGAGGAAAAGGUAUUUCAGGGUGUGAAAAUUUGUCAAAUUGAUCAUUUUUGGCCAAAUAGUCCCCUUGUCGAGGUAGACGAGAAAGCUUUUUUAUUUUUGCAUGACUUGAUUAGCCACAAGCAACAAUAUUGCAUAUUUCAUGGUGAGGUUUACUAUACAGGCCCCCAUGGUUUCCUUUUAUCUACUAUAAUUCUGCUGCUUUUGCGUUGGAAAUGGCUCCUCUGA